CGGGAGGGGAUGAUGUCACCCGCGGGCUUGUAAGGCUCGGCGGCGGCUUGGCCGGAGGAAGAGGAGAAGGAGAGAGAAGCCACAGAGGGAGAGAAGCCAGAGGGAGGAAAGGCAGGAGGAGGAGGCGCAGCUGGGUCCGCGGGAGGCGGGGAGGGAGGGCGAGUGAGCUGGCUCCCUUGGCGUCCCUGCGGGGCUCCGGCGAGGAGAAGGAGGAGAAGGAGAAGGAGGAGAAGAAGGAUGCGCCUGGGCAGGGGCUGCGGCACCAGGAUCUAGUGACUGGAAGGGAAAACCGUAAGGGCUUCCGCCAUGGCCCCAAGAAAAAGGAGUGGACGAGGGAUUUCGUUCAUCUUCUGCUGCUUCCGAAGUAAUGACCACCCCGAGAUCACGUACCGGCUGCGGAAUGACAGCAACUUUGCCCUGCAAACCAUGGAGCCGGCUUUUCCAAUGCCGCCGGUGGAAGAACUGGAUGUUAUGUUCAGUGAGCUGGUGGAUGAGCUUGACCUUACAGAUAAGCAUAGAGAAGCCAUGUUUGCACUUCCAGCAGAAAAGAAAUGGCAGAUCUACUGUAGCAAGAAGAAGGACCAAGAAGAAAACAAAGGCGCCACAAGCUGGCCAGAGUUCUAUAUUGAUCAGCUUAACUCCAUGGCUGCUAGAAAAUCGUUGAUCGCGCUGGAGAAAGAAGAUGAAGAGGAGAGAAACAAAACCAUCGAAAGUCUGAAGACAGCACUGAGGACCAAACCUAUGAGGUUUGUAACCAGAUUCAUCGACCUGGAUGGCUUGAGCUGCAUCUUGAACUUCCUGAAGAGCAUGGACUACGAGACCUCCGAGUCUCGGAUACAUACCUCUCUCAUUGGAUGCAUCAAAGCACUGAUGAAUAACUCUCUGGGGAGAGCUCAUGUCCUGGCGCACUCGGAGAGCAUUAAUGUAAUCGCUCAGAGUCUGAGCACGGAGAACAUUAAGACCAAGGUGGCAGUGCUGGAAAUCAUGGGCGCUGUGUGCCUGGUUCCCGGGGGUCACAAAAAGGUGCUGGAGGCCAUGGUGCAUUACCAAAAAUACGCCAGUGAACGGACUCGGUUUCAGACAUUAAUAAAUGACCUGGAUAGAAGUACAGGGCGAUACCGGGAUGAAGUGAGCCUCAAGACAGCCAUCAUGUCCUUCAUCAAUGCAGUUCUAAGCCAAGGAGCUGGUGUGGAAAGUCUGGACUUUAGACUCCACCUGAGAUACGAAUUCCUCAUGCUUGGAAUUCAGCCUGUCAUUGACAAAUUACGAGAGCAUGAAAAUUCCACAUUAGAUAGGCAUUUAGACUUUUUUGAAAUGCUCAGAAAUGAAGAUGAAUUGGAGUUUGCAAAACGGUUUGAGCUGGUCCAUAUAGACACAAAAAGUGCAACCCAGAUGUUCGAGCUCACCAGAAAAAGGCUGACUCACACAGAAGCUUACCCGCACUUUAUGUCUAUCCUUCACCACUGUCUUCAAAUGCCUUAUAAGAGAAAUGGCAACACCGUUCAGUACUGGUUGCUGCUGGACCGUAUUAUUCAACAAAUAGUUAUUCAAAACGACAAAGGGCAGGACCCGGACUCGACACCCUUGGAGAACUUUAAUAUUAAAAAUGUUGUCCGAAUGUUGGUGAAUGAAAAUGAAGUCAAACAAUGGAAAGAACAAGCGGAAAAAAUGAGAAAAGAACAUCAUGAACUCCAGCAGAAGUUGGAGAAGAAGGAACGGGAGUGUGACGCCAAGGCCCAGGAGAAAGAGGAGAUGAUGCAGACCUUGAACAAGAUGAAGGAGAAACUUGAGAAAGAACUGUCGGAGCAUAAACAAGCCAAACAGCAAGUGGUAGACCUCACGGCACAGAUCCACGAACUCAGCAGGAGAGCAAUCUGUGCUCCAGUACCUGGGGGCCCGCCUUUGCCUCCUGGUGCUCCCGGGGGCCCGUUACCUACGGCCGCUUUGGGGUCUCUCCUCCCGGUUCCUCCACCACCUCCACCUCCAGGAGGAUUCCUCCCACCGCCACCUCCACCACCGCCUCCUCCGGGUGGCCCCCCGCCUCCACCAGGACCCCCUCCACUGGGAGGACUGCCUCCGGCUCCAGGAGCCCCACUGGGGCUGGGACUUAAGAAGAAAAACAUCCCACAGCCAACAAACGCUCUGAAGUCCUUCAAUUGGUGCAAGCUCCCUGAGAACAAGCUGGAAGGCACAGUGUGGACUGGCAUUGAUGAUGGCCGAGUGUUUAAGGUGCUGGACCUUGAAGACCUUGAAAGGACGUUCUCUGCGUACCAGAGGCAGCAGGACUUCUUUGUGAACAGUAACUCCAGGCAGAAAGAAGACUCCCUCGACGACACGCUGAGCGCCAGGCAUAAAGUCAAGGAGCUUUCGGUCAUAGACGGACGGAGAGCUCAGAACUGCAAUAUUCUUCUCUCAAGGCUGAAAUUAUCAAACGAUGAAAUCAAACGUGCAAUUUUGACAAUGGAUGAGCAAGAGGACUUGCCAAAGGACAUGCUUGAACAGCUUUUGAAAUUUGUUCCUGAAAAGGCGGACAUUGACCUCCUGGAGGAGCACAAGCAUGAACUGGACCGGAUGGCGAAGGCUGACAGGUUCCUCUUUGAAAUGAGCAGGAUAAACCAUUACCAGCAGAGACUGCAGUCUUUGUAUUUCAAGAAGAAGUUUGCUGAGAGAGUUGCUGAAGUUAAACCUAAAGUGGAAGCAAUCCGCACCGCUUCCACAGAAGUGUUCCAGAGCAAGAGCCUGAAGCAGCUGUUGGAAGUGGUCUUGGCCUUUGGAAACUACAUGAAUAAGGGCCAGCGCGGCAACGCCUAUGGGUUCAAAAUCUCUAGUCUGAACAAGAUUGCAGACACCAAAUCCAGCAUCGACAAGAACAUCACCUUGUUGCACUAUCUCAUCACUAUUGUGGAAAAGAAAUACCCCAACGUUCUCAACCUGCAUGAAGAGCUGAAGGAUAUCCCUGGGGCUGCCAAAGUAAACAUGACGGAGCUGGAAAAAGAAAUUGGCACUUUGCGGAGCGGCCUGAGGGCUGUGGAGACGGAACUGGAAUAUCAGAAAACCCAGCCUUCCCACCCAGGAGACAAAUUUGUGUCUGUCGUCAGCCAGUUCAUCACGGUGGCCAGCUUCAGCUUCUCAGACGUGGAGGAUCUUUUGUCUGAAGCCAAAGAACUGUUCAUCAAAUCUGUGAAGCAUUUUGGAGAAGAGCCAGCCAAGACGCAGCCGGAUGAGUUCUUUGGGAUCUUUGACCAGUUUCUCCAAGCUGUGAAUGAAGCCAAGCAAGAGAACGAAAACAUGCGGAAGAGGAAGGAGGAAGAGGAAAGGCGGGCACGAAUGGAAGCACAGCUCAAGGAGCAGCGAGAGAGGGAGCGCAAAGCCAGGAAGGCAAAAGAAAACAGCGAAGAAGGCGGGGAGUUUGACGACCUCGUCUCAGCCCUGCGAUCCGGCGAAGUCUUCGAUAAAGACCUUUCCAAACUGAAACGCAACCGCAAACGCAUCACCAACCCGCUGACGGACGGCAGCCGCGAGCGGCCUGUCACGAAACUCAACUUCUGAGCUACCUUUUAUUCCUUAAGUGUGUUUAAAAAAAAAAAAGAAAACUUGACUAUUAUCCUGCUGGAAGAAGCCCAGGGUUUUUGGCCUUCUGCCUUGUCAAAACAGUGGCACUCUCCCUCUCCCAUUGUGUCUUAAGGCGCGUGCGUGUGUGCCGACAGGCUGUAUUAUAACAAAUUUAGUCGAGUGGGUGCGGAGGCGGUGGGAAGUGUGCAGUCUGCCUGCAUGCCUGCUCCCUUUUCUAUCACUUUUAGUGACUUUCCAAAAGAGAAGAAAACAAUAAGAACCUUCUUGGUUGUCAAAGCACAAAUGUUGGCAAGCGAGACAGGUGGCAAAAAGAGAGAGAGGAGAGAGCUAGAACCCUGUCCAGCAGAAUUCAGAUGCUGAACACAACUCCUUACCUGUGCUUGUUGUGAGGUUCUUUUAUAUAUCUAUAUAUAUAUUUAAAAAAUACUGUUGGAAAAGCAAAAUAGAGAGCGGGCUGAUGGGAAACACAAGGUGUGUCCGUUACGCUACAUUACAGAAGGGCAUCUCGAGAUGGAUGAUGGUUGAGAUACCAGCUCUGUUGGGAACAAUGGGUGUCAGAAAAGUCCUGAACUAUGUCGCUGGGGGAAAUACUUUUGUUUUUGGUCAUUUGUUUUUUUCCUGUUACUUUUCAAAACUUGAAUAUCCCUCGUGA